UUGAUUUCAUUAUUCUUUCAUAGAGAUAUUCCUUGGAUUGUCUCGUGUUUUAAGAUGGAAAUCAGGCUUUCUUCUUAGCUUCUUCGGGGAAUGACUGUAGGCCUUUUUGAUUUGGUGUUUUGAGGCCUGUUGGCACAACACAAAUCUCAGAACAACAGGAGAGUCACUUGAUUAUUGGCAACACAUGGAUUAGCAAGUCUGGUAUGUAACCAUGGAUGUUACUCCCAGUAGAGCAUAUGGACUAACAAGUCAAGAAUGUAACUGUAGAUGUAAGUUUCAUCAGCAGUGGAGUAUUAUCUUCUGCUGUUUCACAUGAACAAUUGCUGCUGAUAAAGGAUAUUUAUUGGAUAUGAGCAGACACCAGAUCCUUAUCGGAGUACAUAUCAAGGUUAAUGAUGGGCAUCAUCUGCUUUGAGGACCUACUUCACAUCAACAGCAAAAACAUGGAAUAUAUUGAGAAAACGUUAUGGAUUAAUGAGACAUCUGAGGAGAUACUGCCAUGGGUUAGUCCAGGAUUCUGUUCAGAUUCAGGAUGUUAUGUGAAGUGUUAGGAUCGGAAUACAUCAGAUGUUUGUGCAUUGAAAUACAAAGGACAUAUUACUGGAAAUAAGUAUAGAUGAUAAAGGAUCAGAGAUCAGAGAGAAAUAUUCAUCAGGCCAGUGUAUGAGCUCAUAUUCAACUGGAAUGUUUCAAACUUUAGAGGUCCAAUAUAGCAGCUUCUGAUAUAUCAUCAGACUAAUCUUUAAGCAGCAACUUGAUAGGAAUCCACCAGUAUAUUCAUGAAGCAGCCUGGUAUGACGUUUUCAAUGAAAGCUACCAGUGUCUUAGUAAAAUGAUGAAUGACAAUUCAACAUUGGUGCUGUAUACAAACGCAACGCUCGCACCUCCCGAAUCUGGAUAUCACUGGCCUGCUUUGCUAUUAUUCCUCGUCAUUGUCAUGACGAUCUGGGGCAAUAUUAUGGUCUGCCUUGCCGUUAAAUAUGAACGUAAGCUUCGCAACCGGUUCAACUAUUUUCUUGUGUCGUUGGCGUUGAGUGAUAUGAUGUGCGCAGUCCUGGUGAUGCCUGGCUCUGUUAUCAAGUCAUUUUUAGGUUUCCUGCCCGUAAACAGAACGAUCUGUUUGGUGUGGUUCUCUCUGGAUGUGCUCUUUACCUCCUCGACCAUCAUUCACCUGUGUACCAUCUCCAUCGAUCGCUACGUUGCACUUAAGGACCCGAUCAAGUAUCGUCAAAACAAACAAACUCGUUACAUGGCCAUUAAAAUCAGCGCAGUGUGGAUCCUCGCGUUCUGUACAGCAGGACCUUUGUUCAUCACAACCAUGAUAUUUGAAAAAACACCAUACAAUUCAUUCAAAGGCUGUGGGCCAACCAAUCCAACUUUUAUAAUCUCUGCUACUGUGAUAUCAUUUUAUUUACCUCUACUUAUCAUGACAGUGACAUAUAUAUUGACGGUUUAUACGCUUAAGAAGCAGACAAAGUUAGCAUUUAUGUCUCCAACGAAACAGCUCAAGGAGCUCUCAGAGACUUCUGAGAAUGAGUUAUCAUUGGUUUCAGCUGGGGAAUCUCCAUUUCACUAUUCCAGAGCUAGGCAUGCCAGUACGAAAAGUUGGUGUUCGCCAUCGAGAGAGUCUCAGUACAUUUUACCCAAUGGCCGCAGCUCCUCGUUCAGGGACUGUCGGCCACUGAUUCAGAAUUACGAAUCAACAAACUCAACAACGCCAGUGUCAGCUACAGCUGUUUUUGAUCUGAGAACCAAUAGCUACCAGACAGAGGCGGAGAGCCGCUCUUAUAAAGACACAAACACAUUAUCUCCACAUCAUAGGGCACGAGAAAGACAGGAUAGCAUUACAUCGACAUGUUUGAGCCGCGAAGGGAGUUUUCGUGGCGGGCAUCAUUCUCGAGAAAACAGUUUUCGAGGGAAUCAUUCCCGGGAGAAUAGUUUCCGGGGCCACCAUUCCCGGGAGAACAGCUUUCGAUCACCGUUCCGUAAACUCAGCAAUCGUAGUAACGGAGAGUCUGUGAUUGCUCACACAAGAGGGAGUAAGGUCAAACUCAUUAUCCGGCGGACUUUCUCUGAUAGUCCGUCAGAGGGAUCCACAAGGUCCAGUACCCGUCGAACUGCUGUCGAGAGUGUCCACAAGGGCCGCAAAGCCGUUCACAUUCUUGGAAUACUAUUUGUUGUGUUUGUGAUAUUCUACCUUCCGUUUUUUCUAACGUACCUCAUAGGAGGGUUGUGUGAAACUUGUCGGACAUACAUUACGGGUGAAUUGCUAACUGCGCUAGAGUGGUUAGAGUAUGCAGGUUCCAUGGUGAAUCCCAUCAUAUACCGGGUGUUCAACCCCGAUUUCCGACGCGCUUUCCAUAAAAUUAUGCGAUGUCACUACCAGCGACGUAAAGCCACAGUAUAGUGUUGGUUGACUGAGAUGUUUCAAACACUAACAAAAAAACCGUCAAACUUGUAACUGCAAAGGCUUCACUUGUCCAACAGCUGAGGCUGUGGUAUAAUCAUGUUUACAAAUUCUAUUUCUUAACCUGUCAAGAUCUUUGCCCCUAGUGUUUAUAACAUUUCGUUCCAAUCAUACCCUUUCUCUGUGUAGAUGGCGCUGCUUGUUUUAUAUCAAUGUGAUACAGCCGGAGACAACCCUGUAUUUUUUGUACUCUGAGGUUUUUGUGAAGCAAAUCAAGGAAUCCCAUGCAGUUGUUUAAAAAAAUACUUGCAUUUGGGAUUGAUCUGUGUCUUGUUGGAUAUUAUCAAAUGGUUUUUAUAUCAAGUUACUGAAUGACUGAAAUUUUUAAGGUAAACUUAAAGUGCAAAGUGUAACAAUCAAAUGAUCUAGAAAUGAUCAAACUAUCUUUGUGACCAUUUCAAAGAUGGGAGUUUUUUCAUAAAAGUUAGAUAAACUUUAUCCUGUUUACAUUCUAUGGCAAAUUAUAUGUAUGAUUCCAUGAAUUGACUAUUGAUUCUCCAUUAAAUAUAAUUACAAACCUAAGCAUCAAUUUAUGAGAAUUUAUCAUAUUGAUUUGAAUUCAUACUGAUACCAUCACUGUUUUUUUAUUCAUUCAAAAGGUAACGAGCACUGGAUAAGACAAAAAACCUUUGUUCAGAAUGUUCUGAAAACACAAUGGAAUGUCUUUGAAUGAAAAAUAAGACAUAGGGACCCCACCCAGCAAGUUUUGGGACUGAUGAUUUUGGUUCACUUUGAGCAGAAAAAAAAAACAGUGAAAAAAAAAUUUGGACUUAGAAAUUUUUUCAACUUUCAGUCAGUUCAAAAUUUCAAAGUAAAAAAAACAGAAUUAAACAUACAGAGAGAGAAAACUUGCAUUACUAGCCCUGGUAUUCUGAUGGUUUCUGAAUCUGAUGCAUUUGACAGUUAUUCUGGACAGCUCCUUGGCGAAACCAUAAGCAAAUCUGCUUUACUCUCUAGUGGUAUAAUUGUUUUGGUGGCAAAAUGCACAAUCAAUAUUUGAGAACAUUGAUAGGGAGUCAUUUCACUUCAUGAGCUUCACUAAUAGCAUAUAAGAGUUCUCUUUAAUUAUAGAAAUAUGUGCUUGGGUGUUAAUCCAGGGUUUUACACUCUUUCCAUUUGUCACCAGAAGUGAAACUGGCAAUCCUAUAUUGAAGCAGGCCAUAAAUGAUGAGAGAAUUGCAUUGAAGACAUUUCCUGUUCAGAUCGCCCAGGUGGGCCAUUGCCUACUCCGAAAAAAAGGAAUUUGGGACUAUUGGGGUACUUUCUAACAAGCUGUCAAUCAUAAUCCAAUUGCCAUCCCAGCCUUUCAUUUCAUGGUCAUUCUCAUCUGCCCUGUCAGUGUCGUCACCACCUCAUCUGCCCAGGCAUACCCUCUCAGUGGCAACACCAUCCCAUCUGCCCAGGCAUACCCUCUCAGUGGCAACACCAUCUCAUCUGCCCAGGCAUACCCUCUCAGUGGCAACACCAUCCCAUCUGCCCAGGCAUACCCUCUCAGUGGCAACACCAUCCCAUCUGCCCAGGCAUACCCUCUCAGUGGCAACACCAUCUCAUCUGCCCAGGCAUACCCUCUCAGUGGCAACACCAUCCCAUCUGCCCGUACCCAGUCAUGAUC